CGGCUGCAUCAAUCGCAAAAUCGCGCGUGGUUUCCUGGGGAGGAAAUUACCUAUCUGCAACACUUUUGUUCUCUGGCGAGCUGCCUGUAGUCCAGAUGGCAGGCCAAAUGCUGCAGUUGAUUGAGGAGUAUUUUCCCCGUUUUUCUCAACGUUUGUUUGUCGUUUACAAACGGUACUGCCUUAUUGUGUAACUAUGAAGUUCCGUGAUGUCGAUGGCGUGAAAGUUUUUGAACCAACACUCGAUGAAUUUCAAGAUUUUGGAGGCUGUAUCAGGGAGAUAGAAAGACACGAUGCUGCGAAUGCUGGUCUUGCCAAGGUAAUACCACCCAAAGGAUGGCAAGCACGAAAGGACUACACGACCAUCAAAACCGGCGAAUUUUGUAUCCCUGCGCCGAUAUCACAAAUCUUUCAAGGUCGCCAAGGUUUAUAUGAACAAUAUAAUAUAUUGAAGAAAGCCACAACUGUGGAGGAAUUUGAAAAACUGGCGAACAGUGAAAGGUAUCAACCCCCAAAAGGAAACCAUACAGAACUUGAAAGAAAGUAUUGGAAGAAUAUUACAUAUAAAACACCUCUAUAUGGAGCUGAUGUAUCUGGUUCAAUAUUUGAUGAUGACGUACAUGCCUGGAAUAUAGGUUGUUUACCAAGCAUCCUUAAUGAUUUAGUCGAAGAAUAUAAUAUCAGAAUUCCAGGAGUGAAUACACCUUAUCUUUACUUUGGAAUGUGGAAAUCAACAUUCGCCUGGCAUACUGAGGAUAUGGAUCUGUUCAGCAUAAAUUACAUCCAUUAUGGUGCACCUAAGACCUGGUAUGUAAUCCCGCCAGAACAUGGUAAACGUCUUGAAAGGCUUGCUGCAGGAUUUUUCCCAGACAGUUCUGGCACGUGUUCAAACUUCCUUCGACACAAAAUGACGGUGAUGUCACCUCAAGUCUUGAAGAGAUAUUCUAUUCCUUUCACCAAGGUUGUCCACGAGGCGGGCCAGUUUAUGAUUACGUUCCCGUAUGCGUAUCAUUCUGGCUUUAACCAUGGUUUCAAUUGUGCUGAAUCGACAAAUUUUGCAUUUGAAAGUUGGAUUGAUUAUGGCAAGCUAGCGCAGCAAUGUGACUGCCAGUCAGAUUCCGUGAAGAUUGAUAUGGAUUUUUUUGUGAAGAAAUACCAGCCAGAACAAUGGCCGGAGUACAAAGCAAGUCGAAAGAGUGACUCGGAUUCAUCAAAUGAAGAUGACGUUCCAUUGAUUGAGAUAGCAAAGAAGUACUCAAAGAAAAUGAGAAAGUCUGGCAAAUUCAAAAGUUGAUAUUUGAUCCAAAAGUUGUGAUUUCAUUUCCAUUCUUGUACAUUACUAAAUUAUUUUUGGGUAUAUUUUUAUAAUUUAUUUUUCACCAAUGCAAUUUGUGUGACACCUUGUGAACACCCUUUAAUCCAUUAAUGUUUGUACUCAAGUGUUGACUAAUAUUUAUACGUGUUUAAAUUUUAACACACGAUGUAUUUAUAUUUGACAUGUUAUCAUAGAAAUUGUAAAUAUUUUUCACAAGGUCAAUAUAAUUCGACGUUAUCUGGGAGAAAAACUGAAAACUUUUUGUUUUUAAGAUCAUAAAUUGUUCACGAUAGCAAGGAUGACAGAACUUGGUGGAAAGGAAAGUUUUGUCUUGAAUUUUGAUAUACGAGGACAUUCAUGACAAGACGG